CGGAUGUACCCGUGGGGCAAUUAGCUACGUCAUUGUUCACCGCCGGACACCCGCUAGAAAUAAGGAAUGGAUUUACAACCUCUACUAACGCGAUCAUAACAGGUUACAGCUAUGAACAAUGACCAUAGUUGACGGAUCUUCAGAAAAGUCUGACCACGAGUCAGCCGGAUGUAACCGACCCUCCUUCACCAGUGGAGACGUGGGGAUGGACGGCAGUUGUUCCAGCAGCUGGGCAGUGGGCCCCACUGUACCUAGUGACUCUCCAAGGCUCAAGGCUCCAGUAGGCUGCCUGGCCCCCACUCCUGGAGCUGCUGUGUACAACAGUACACCCUCCUCUGUGGACCGGCCCAAGGACCAAGUGAUGAGCAGUAGCGAUGGAAUUGACUUGCCCCAGAAGGUGCUGUUCUCACCAGAUCGGCUCAGCCUAAAGUGGGCCCAGGUUCACCUCAUUGGUGCAGGCCUCCAGAACAUGGGGAACACCUGCUUCCUCAACUCAGCCCUGCAGUGUCUCAGCUACACCCCUCCUUUAGCAAACUACAUGCUGACGCGGGAGCACUCCAAAACAUGUCAUGAGCCAGGGUUCUGUAUGAUGUGUACCAUGCAAAACCACAUCAUUCAGGUUUUUGCCAACUCUGGGAAUGUCAUUAAGCCCAUUGGUGUACUCAAUGAGCUUGGGUGGAUUGCAAAGCACUUCCGCUAUGGAAGCCAGGAAGAUGCUCAUGAAUUCCUGCGGUGCACAGUGGAUGCUAUGCAAAAGUCCUGCUUACCUGGAACCAAAUUGGACAGGCAAACGCAGGCAACCUCUUUCAUCCAUCAAGUGUUUGGCGGGUACCUAAGAUCCAGAGUUAAAUGUUUAAACUGCAAAGCUGUCUCAGAUACAUUUGACCCUUUUCUGGAUAUCACUCUGGAAAUUAAGACUGCUCCAAAUGUCUCCAAAGCUCUGGAGCAGUUUGUCAAGCCAGAACAGCUGGAUGGCGAAAAUGCUUACAAAUGCACCAAGUGCAAAAAAAUGGUAACGGCCUCAAAAAGAUUCACAAUCCAUCGCAGCGCCAAUGUGCUCACCAUCUCACUCAAACGCUUUGCAGACUUCAGUGGAGGCAAAAUCACAAAGGAUGUGAAGUAUUUGGAGCAUCUGGAUCUGCGGCCCUUCAUGUCUCAGUCCCACGGGGAGCCCCAGCUCUACAGGCUGUAUGCUGUGCUGGUUCACUCUGGAUUGAGUUGUCAUGCUGGACACUAUUUCUGCUAUAUUAAGGCCAGCAAUGAGUGGUUUCAGAUGAAUGACUCGUCCGUGUCAGUCAGUGACAUUAGGACCGUUCUCAACCAGCAGGCCUAUGUCCUCUUCUACAUCAAGUGCACAGAUGUGAAAAAAACUGGGGACUACAGCCACUUGAACCAUAACGCUGGCAUAUCUGGUCAGUCAUCUCCCCGGCCGGUGGUGAUCCCACGCACCAUCGCCCAUGCAUCAAACAGUGUUGGCUUCAUAGGUCCCCAGCUGCCACCACACAUGAACAAGAGUUCUCUUCAUGUUAAUGGGAAUGGAUCUCUGAGGGACUAUCCCACAAGCUCCAAGCCCAGCACCAGCGGCAGUGCGGUGGGGAAACCAAACCAUGGACUAGCUUCUUCUGCUUCCUCUGCUUCCAUCUCCCACUCAGUAAGCCGGCCCACAAUGAUUCCAGACAGCGACAAACGACAGAAGCUUUCAUUUUCAAUUGGGCUAAGCAAACCGAACCGCCCAUCUGCUUCUUCCUCCUCUUACUGCCAGCCGUCCUCCGCCAGCAGCUCCUCCUCCUCCAGCUCUUUGUCCUCCUCACAGUCUACCUCAGACGUCCAACCAGACGUUCGUUUUAUUCCGCGUCCACUAAACCGAGUCAGCGGCAUGCCUUUCAGUAAUGGGGAUCACAACCCUGUAGGAAACGGGGCAUCCUUCCUGGUGCCGUACAGCCAAGAGUCUUCAGAGGAAUCAGACCAAGAGAACUGUGGCACUCUGGAUAACGGCAGUUCAUCCAAGUCUCAUCCUAAUGAAAAUAAAGACACAGGA